AUGAGGAAAGGUGAAGAGUCGUUUAGUGGAACGAAACGCAAACGUGAUGAUGACGAUGGCGACGUCUCCAUGCAGGGAGAUGACGAUGACAGUCGGAGCGGAGUCGCCGUAAAAGUCGAGCCACCCAAAGGACGAGAAAAAGAUCCUGAAUUCUCAGCGCCGAAAGGACAGAAGCUCAUAGAUCUUGAUGACGAAUCCCACCAUAGUGUUUCCAAGGAGAACGAGGGAAAUGUUAUAGAGCAAACUCAUUACAUCGUGGUCCCAUCAUACGCAUCCUGGUUUGACUACAAUGCCGUUCAUCAGAUUGAGAAGCGAGCUGUUCCAGAAUUUUUCAAUGGCCGAAACAAAAGCAAAACGCCUGAAGUAUAUCUCUCCUACCGGAAUUUUAUGGUGGAUACGUAUCGUCUGAAUCCGUUCGAAUAUCUUUCCGCAACUGCCUGCCGAAGGAAUCUCGCCGGAGAUGUUUGCUCGAUUAUCAGGGUGCACUCAUUCUUGGAGCAGUGGGGUCUGAUAAAUUACCAGGUAGACUCAGACGCUCGUCCGGCUCCAAUCGCCCCUCCGGCAACUAGUCAUUUUAUGGUGUUAGCUGACACUCCUACCGGUGUGCAACCAAUCUGUCCUGUUGUUUCGAACUUCCCGGUUAGUUGUCUCAGAAGAUCAAUAAUCUGUAAAAUAGUGUCUGUUUUCUGUUUUGUGAUACAGUUGGAGAAGAAAGACGUCGAAGAGGGCGAGAAAAAUUCUAUUGACAAGUUGUCCAAUAUUGGUCUCAAGACUGAUCAAUAUCAGAAGCAGUUGGCUGCAAUGAAGACAAAGGGAGCAGCACCUGGUCGAGAUUGGACGGAUCAGGAGACUCUGUUACUUCUAGAAGGACUGGAGAUGUUCAAGGACGAUUGGAAUAAAGUAUCUGAUCAUGUCGGGUCACGAACACAGGAUGAAUGCAUUCUGCGAUUUCUACAACUACCCAUACAGGAUCCCUACCUUGGACCUGAUGACGUGAACGGUUGCAGCGAAAACAUUCUGGGUCCGUUGGCCUUCCAGCCUGUCCCAUUUUCUCAAUCGGGAAAUCCCGUCAUGUCCACUGUCGCAUUCCUUGCCUCCGUUGUCGACCCGAAGGUCGCUCAAGCGGCGACGAAGGCGGCGAUUGAAGAAUUCGCAAAGAUGAAGGAUGAGGUACCUGCAUUGAUGGUUGAGGCACAUGCACGUAAUGUACAAGCUCAUGAAGAAAAGACCGGUGUACUUGAUGGAGCUGUUGGUCUUGCAAAAUCUGGUAUUGCUACUGACGAGAAAAGGGAAAAAAACGAAGGUGAAAAGAUGGAAAUUGAUGAAGCUAAGAAAAAGCCGGAUGACGUAGUGGAUGAAAACCGUGUCAAAUUAGCUGUAAGUGAAAAUGUUCAAGCAGCUGCUGGAGCUGCACUUGCUGCUGCUGCUGUGAAAGCGAAGCAUUUGGCUACCAUAGAAGAAAGGCGUAUCAAAUCAUUAGUCGCCCAACUUGUGGAAACGCAAAUGAAGAAGUUGGAAAUGAAAUUACGACAUUUUGAUGAACUUGAGCAAAUAAUGGAUAAGGAACGAGAGGCUCUCGAAUAUCAACGUCAACAACUGAUUUUGGAGCGUCAGGCAUUUCAUAUGGACCAAUUGAGAUACUUGGAACAGCGUGCCAAACAUGAAGCACAUAGUAAGAUGGUUGCAGCAGGCCAGUUACCAGCUUCUCUACCUCCGGGUUUCGAAAUUAGUGGGCCUCCACAACCAACUCCUCAAGUGCAGGUUGCCAUCCCUCCAAGUCAGGAGGCUGCUGUUGAAAAGAACGAUUCAUCCGUGGAAGCCCCAACAACUGCCGGUGUUCGUGCACCGACGCCUUUGCAGCCCACUAUUCAACAACCUCAGCAGCAGCCUCCACAACAACCCGUUCAAACUGCACCACCUGCACCAGCUGCUCAACCUCCAGCUUCAGCUUAUGUCCCGCCUGGUCCUCCCGCUGGUCAACAACCAGGAUAUCCUGCGCAAGCUUAUCCUCCACAAGGAUACCCACAACAGCAACAGUCACAAAGUGCAUAUCAGGGAUAUCCGCCUCAGCAAGGUCACACUGGAUAUCCACCCCAACAGGGUUCAACACCUGGUUAUUAUGGACAACCUCGGCCUGGUGGCUAUGCUGCUCAGCCUCAGCCAGGCGCUUACCCUCCACAACAGCGCCCGCCAUACCAAGGCCAGCCACCACCUACUGGCUACAGCACUCAACCACCACAACGUCCUGGCGGCUACCCAGGUUCUGAAGAAAGUCUAGCAUACUUAUAUUUAGGGCACCCUGGGUAUCCUCCGCAACAGUAUGCACAAGCGCCCGCUGCAUAUCCUCCUCAAGGUGCUCAAACAUCAUCGCUUGAUAUGUCAGACGCUGCAACACCGCCUAUGCACCAAGGGCAACCUGGUGAAAUGAAGCCCCAAGAGUGA